AUGUCUGCACUUCAGGGUUUGCCCAACUUGGCCUCUCUACCUUCACCCAUUCCUGAGCCACCACCAGGUCAGGCCUUCACCGAAAAACAAUGGGAAAUAUUAUUCUCCAUAAUGGAGGUCUUCGUUCCAGAGAUCUCCACGAGCUCCAGUGAUGCCAAAUCAUCAAUCUCCACAGCUCAGAUGAAGGAUGCCUUAGCAGAGCUGAAAUUGUAUCUCCCAGAAGGAGCAUCAGAAGAGCUUGCGAAAACCUAUCUGGCUCAGAAGACCGUCUCCGAUCCAAUUUUCAUCGCAGCUAUCAAGCGCAAGUUCAAUCUCUAUGUUCCUCCGUCGGAUGCACAAGGGCUGGCCUUUAUAUUUUCCACCAUGAACACUCGGGCUGGCUCGUACCUGUUGACCGGAUAUACCACUCCGAUCCACCUACAACCACUCCCUACGCGUACCGAGAUCGUGUGCAAGUGGUCGACUGCACGUCUUCCAUUACUGCGCACACUCCACUGCUCUCUCGGCAGCCUGGCGAGAUUUGCUUGGAUCAAUACUUCCACCGAACUUAUGCGCAUGAUCGACUAUCCUCAUAUUCCCAAACACAUCGAGCGAAAUACAAGCUUCGAAUACAAAUUCCACGACUUCACGUCUACAUCCACUCCCACAACGUUAUCCACUGAUGUCAUCAUCGUUGGCUCGGGCUGUGGUGCAGGCGUCACAGCUUCCCACCUCUCUCGGGCCGGUCUCAAGGUCUUAGUGCUGGAACGGGCUUAUCAUUUCCCCUCCACGCACUUUCCCAUGCGCCCACAAGAAGCUGGAGAGCAUCUAUACCUCAACGGUGGUGUUGUGUCCUCCGACGAUGGCUCAGUAGGUAUCCUCGCGGGUAGUACACUCGGCGGUGGGGGCACGGUCAACUGGUCGGCCUCAUUACAGCCUCAAUAUGCCGUGCGGAAAGAAUGGGCAGACGGUGGACUCCCGCAUUUCCUCGGCGACGAAUUCCAAGAUUGUCUCGACACCGUGUGCAGUCGCAUGGGUGUCGCCAAAGCCAAUGACGAAAAAGCUCUAAGCAAAAUCGAGCACAAUUUCGGCAACACCACCCUCUUAGAAGGUGCUCGCCGCUUGGGCAUGGCGGGCCAUGUCGUCCCACAGAACUCGGGAUCAAAGCCACAUCUCUGCGGCUCCUGUAUAUAUGGCUGCCCAAGCACCACGAAGCAAGGACCCUUGAACAACUGGUUCCCAGAUGCCGCAGCACACGGAGCCGAAUUUAUCGAAGGCUGUCUCGUGGAUGAAGUGAUCUUCUCGGCCAACCAGACCGCGACGGGCGUAAAAGCCAUCUGGACAUCUCGCGAUCGAAAGACCACACGGACACUGACCAUCAAUGCAAAAAGAGUCAUCAUCGCAGCCGGAACUCUAAGCUCGCCCUUAGUCCUACUGCGCAGUGGUCUCACGAACCCGCAAAUUGGCGCAAACCUCUACCUCCACCCGACUAACACAACUUGGGCCGUGUGGAAGCAUCGGACCGACCCAUGGGAUGGCACAAUGCUCACUUCGGCAGUGACGAGCCUGGAAGACCAAGACGGCCUUCACCACGGCGUCAAGCUCGAAGUCACCUGCGCACAUCCAGGCCUCGGCCUACUGACGUACCCAUGGCGAGCGACCGAAUCCCUCAAUGCCCUCUCCGCCAACGACAAGGCGGGCGCCCUGCACUCCGCGCUGCGCUGGAAGAUCGACGCCGCGAAGCACGGGCACGCCGUGGGCUUCAUCGCCAUCACACGCGACCAGGACACGGGACGCGCAUACAUCGACCCGAAAGAUCCGACGCGCCAACGGCUGCGCGUCGCAUACACGACGUCGGCGCGCGACCGCGCCAAGAUCCUCGAGGGAAUCCUGGCCAACGCUCGGCUGCAGUUCAUCAUGGGCGCGCAGGAGAUCGACACGGGACAUACAGGGACGAGACGGUUCGUGCGGCCGAGCGGGCUCGAUUCCUCCAAGACGCAGAAGGACGACGACGCCGCGUUCAACACCUGGCUGGCCGAGAUAAAGGCCGCGGGUCUGUCGAGUCCGGAUCCCGUCACCCUCGGGUCCGCCCAUCAGAUGGGCACGUGUCGCAUGAGCAGUAGUGCCAAAACCGGCGUGGUUGAUUCGAAAGGCCGGGUCUGGGGUACCAAGGGCUUGUAUGUUGCUGAUGCCAGUUGUUUCCCGACCGCGAGUGGUGUUAAUCCUAUGAUUACGACGAUGGGCAUCGCCGAGUGGGUUAGUAGGGGGAUUGUGGCAGAGUUGGGGAAUGUUAGCAGGACAAGCAGGCUGUAG